CCCAAGAAUUCGGGGUUUUAAAGGGAAGAGCCAUCUCCCCAGCUGUGGCCCUCUUUGGGGCCCAUCCCUUUGGGUGUUUGCAGAGCCCCCCAGGAAGGAGAAGGAGCCAGCGUACCUGCGGCAGACAGCAUUGUCCACUCUUUGGACCCCUUAGGUAUUCACCAGCUACAUUGACCUCCUGUACCCCACAGAAGACAGGAACGACCGGCUAAGAGAUUCUUACUUCUUUACCUGCAAGUGCCAGGAGUGCACCACCAAAGACAAGGAUAAGGCCAAGGUGGAAAUCCGGAAGCUCAGUGAUCCCCCAAAGGCAGAAACUAUCCGUGACAUGGUCAGAUAUGCACGCAACGUCAUCGAGGAGUUCCGGAGGGCCAAGCACUACAAAUCCCCUAGUGAGCUGCUGGAGAUCUGUGAGCUCAGCCAGGAGAAGAUGGGCUCCGUGUUUGAGGACAGCAACGUGUACAUGCUGCACAUGAUGUACCAGGCCAUGGGCGUCUGCCUGUACAUGCAGGACUGGGAAGGAGCCCUGCGAUACGGACAGAAAAUCAUUAAGCCCUACAGCAAGCACUACCCUCUGUACUCCCUCAACGUGGCCUCCAUGUGGCUGAAGCUGGGGAGGCUGUACAUGGGCCUGGAAGACAAAGCUGCUGGAGCGAAAGCCCUGAAGAAGGCCAUCGCCAUCAUGGAAGUGGCUCACGGCAAAGAUCAUCCGUACAUUUCUGAGAUCAAACAGGAAAUUGAAAGCCACUGAAACUACGCCAACACGUUCAUUUUUAUUUAAAUGCUAGUGCAGAAGCCUUCAAGGAUUUGAAUAUUUCCAGGCGUACACAUGACUCUUGCAUUUCUGUAAAAUCGCUGGAAUGAAAACACCUACUCGCCCUUAAACCUCACACAUGGCUUACCUGAAGUUGGUCUUAAUCUUUACUCUUAGUACCAAAAUGAUUUCUGAAUGCUUUCAUUGCCCUAAGAGAUAAUGACAUGGUUUCAUUUGUUACCCUAGACUUUGGACAGAUUGAGUUUUAAAAGAAUGCGAUUAUUUUUCCCUUCAUGCCUAUUAUAACGUUCUGAACACUGGAAUGAUGAGGGAGAAUAAAAAAGGUAACGGUA